UCAAAACAGUGCAACAACUAUUUAAAUGAAUCAUGUAUGUGGAAACAAAAUUUCCCUUUUCUAAAGUUAGCAAGAAGUAUCUGUUUUUAAACCAAGUCAGCUGGAGCGUCUAGGUGGGAGCAACAGGUUCCAGGGAAGAGAAGGCCUACAGUUAUUCCAAGGAGGCAGCUUCAGCGAAGGUGACUUAGGAGGCUGAAUCACCAAGACACAAACGGAAAGCCUCUAAGGAGGAGGGGCAAGAAGCCAAAGGAUUUAUAUUUCCUCACGAUGAAUGCAACCCCAGCCUCACUGGCCAAGCUGUAAACUUCACCUGGAAAAAGCAAAAAGACAAUUCUGGAUUUAAAAUGGACUCUCUCAGUACAGCUAAUGCUGAAUUCUGCUUGGAUGUUUUUAAAGAACUGAGCAGGCACAGCGUUGAGGACAAUGUCUUCUUUUCCCCUGUGAGUUUGUUCUAUGCCCUGAGCAUGCUUUUGCUGGGUGCCCGAGGCAACAGUGCAGCACAAAUGGGAAAGGUGUUACACUUUGGUUAUGUGAAAGGAUCAUCAAAUCCAGAGCUUGGGAAAUCUUCUAAGUGUGGCAUAACUGGAGGGAUACAUUCAGAGUUUCCAGCACUAUUCUCUCGGAUCAGUCAGUCGGGCAGUAAUUACACACUCAGCAUUGCCAACAAACUCUAUGGGGCAAAGAACAUUGAAUUCCAUCCACAAUAUUUAAGUUGUUCAGACAAGUUCUACCAGUCCAAGCUGCAGACUGUAGAUUUCCAGCACGCUCCAGAGGAAGCCAGGAAAACAAUUAACGCCUGGGUUGAAAGUAAGACCGAUGGAAAAAUCAAGAACCUGUUUCUUAAAGGAACAAUUGACACUUCUUCUGUCAUGGUCCUGGUGAAUGCUAUCUACUUUAAAGGACAGUGGCAGAGUAAAUUUCAAGAAGAAGAGACGAUUAAAAUGCCCUUUAAACUAAGAAAGGGUCGGACCGUACCUGUGCAAAUGAUGCGUCAAAUUGGAACAUUUAAAGUGGCUCUCAUAAAAGAACCUCAGAUGCAAGUCCUUGAGCUUCCAUAUGCUAGUGGAGAUUUAAGCAUGAUUAUACUUCUUCCAAAAGACACAGAGCAGGUAGAACAGAUUGAGAAGCAGCUCAACCUGAAGACAUUCAAAGAGUGGACCAAUUCUUUCACGAUGGAGAAAGAAGUUGAGGUUCAACUUCCCCGAUUCAAACUUGGAAUUAAAUAUGAGCUAAAUUCUCUGUUAAAAACACUAGGAAUGACAGACAUUUUUGACCAUUUAAAAGCUGACCUUUCUGGACUGUCUUCAAGUAGCAACUUAUGUUUAUCAAAAGUUAUCCAUGAAUCCUUUGUAGAUGUAAAUGAAGAGGGCACAGAGGCAUCUGCUGCAACUGGGGAUGUUAUUGUUGUAAAGAGACUUCCCGUCCCCAUCAGGUUCAGGGCAGAUCACCCUUUUCUUUUCCUCAUAAAGCACAUUACUACCAACACAAUUCUCUUCUUUGGCAGGUUCUCCUCUCCAUAAACAAGGGGGUGGUGGUGGUGUUAGUCAGGGCUAGAAGUAUUGAAAAGGCAUAAAGGUAAUUAACAUGCUUCUACCAUAUGGGGAGAGAAUCACAAGAUUAUACAAAGCAGCAUUUGUAUAUCACCUUUUUUUUUCCAUCCUUCCCUUCUCUUGGUCCUUACAUGACGACCUCCAGUAGUGACAUUGUCAAAAUAAUAAAGACAAAUUAGAGGGUUAGUCAUUCUCAGCUGGACAUCUUGAUGAGAUAUUGCAUAAAUCAAAAUAACUGUAAACCACAUUCCCAUAGAGAACCACAAAAACUUAACUCUGUUCCAGAAAAAAAUUCAUUAAGUACCUACCUACUAUGUUCCAGGUAUUGUGCUGGGUUUGGGGGCUACAAAGGUGAAAUUGCUUACAUUCUUCUUUCAGUGCAAGCUAGCAGGGAGUUUGAGUUUUGGAAAUCUCCUUUUGAUGUUAGCAUUCAUGUGUAAAGAUGACAAUAUUUUGGUUCAAAAAUGACAUGCCGAUUAUUAAUAAAAGAACUUCUUUGAUAACCUUUAAUUCCUGGAAGAAUUAAAUAUGGAAGGCAACUUUGAAAACUUUAA